AUGUUCUCAAAGCUCUCUGCCUACACGUCAAGACCUAACUGGGAUACACUGCUCAAAACUGAACUGUCACAAGCAGAACUACAGGGAAAUGGAGAUAUAUAUGAUUAUCUUCGCAAAUGGCAGCAGAAGAACAGACCUUUGAUCAAUGCGAUGGACCCGAUACGGGUACCAGAUGACGUCAAGACGGGAGAAUCACGGAAGGGAGAUAUGUUGAAGGACGGUUUACAGUACCAGGAGGAGAAUGUUGAUUUUUUUGACGCCGAUGAAUACCGCCACCCCAUUCAGGAGGAUGCGGGCUCGCGAUUUCUUCAACCGGGAGACUUGGUCGUGCUGAAACUGGAAUCAUCUUUCACAGACGGUCAGUUAGCCAUAUAUGUGCGGUCAGUGGAUAUGCAAUACCAGUUCUACACCAUGCGAGGGAAAUGGCGCGCCACAAACCAUACUGGAAUCCAGUUUAUUGCCAGCAAGGUUGCGACACCUGAUAUGGUAAAGAAGGUCCUGCCAUAUUUUCCAACAUGCAGAAUCGAAAAAGCCGCACUUCCACAGUUAGGAGAAGAAGGCGGUGUGCCGCGACCCAUCGGGGCCGAGCUCGUUGAUUUGAUGAUGGAUUUCAGCAAUGCCGCGGAAGAAUUUCAUCGCAGCCAUGCAACCGUCUUAAAUGACUUGUAUAAUAAACUUGUCGCCAAUGGAGACGUUUCGAUAAUAACCCUCGAUGAAAUUGCCCAAGUUGCCCUUGGUCUUGAUGCCUCCAAAUUAACAAAUCCAGAGCGAUGGGCAAUUCAAAGGGCCAUUGGCCGUUUGUCAUUUUACAUCACUGGCAACAUGCUUGGACCAUAUACGGAAUCAUACACGAUACGGCCAAGGGAAGAAGCUGUGAAAGUAGCUACUGUGAUUCGAUGGACUCGAGAUUACCAGAAUCAGAUGAACAAACUCUCUUCGGGGAGAUUUAACAUGAGGAGACAUCCGAUUGAGCAGUUUAUCCAAAAGGCUCGACGUAUUAUUCUACAAAGCCGACGAUCCAGAUCACCAACUCCCUCAUUUUCACUGGGACCAUCUGGACAGAAAAAAAUAUCUUCUACACAUGGAUCUGAUGACUCCUAUUCCAGAAAUGAUGUUGAGCCAUUUUCCGAUACCGACAAGUGUAUACUUGACUAUUUCCGCAUGUGGACGCUUCCUCCAUGUCUCAUGAUGUCUGGAGAUUUAAGAUCCUCAGGGUCUACUAUUCUACGAGCUAUCGGAUUGUACAAUGAUCUCCGCUUGGCGCCUCCGACCGGAUACUUGUUUUUGCAAGAAAUGGGUGUUUUUACCCCUUGGCAAAAUCUCCAUGUACUUUAUGAACAACUUGCACUUCCAGGUCACGGAAUUUCACAACCGGCUGACAAGAUCGAGGAGGAGUCUAAUAAAUUCUGCGAGAAUAUUGGACCAGGCAGCUUGCCGGAUACGAUGAAACAACUAAGGAAAGAUUGGGGCGAUCUCCCUGUGUUUUGUGUUGAUGAUAUUCAUGCAGCGGAAAUCGACGAUGGCUUUUCAAUCGAGCCUGUUCCUGGGUCUGACGACACGUACUGGGUUCAUAUUCAUGUUGCUAAUCCAUCUGCUUUUGUCCCCCCGGACCACAUCGUCGCUAAAAGAGCCGCAGAGUUUAAGAGGUCAUUUUACUCACCUGAGAGGGUUUAUUCCAUGCUACCUCCAUCCCUUGUCCAAGACUUCUUCAGUCUAGCACCCGACCGGCCAGUUAUCACUUUCAGUGCGAAGCUCAACAUGACUGGAGAUAUACUUGAAACCGAUAUUACAAAUGGAUACGUCAGGAAUAUAAUCUAUAUCACCCCGAACAAAGUUCAAAAACUAUUUGGUAUUGAUCGGGAUACUCCCCCUUCUCUGACAUUGUCAUUUUGCAACAAGCUUCAAGAACCAACUUGUGCAAGGCCACAAGGUGAUAUCUAUGAUGAGCAUCGAUCUUCAUUCUAUAUUCUGGAAAAGCUUAUGGCUGCUCGUCGUGAAAAGCGAAUGCAAAAAGGUGGCCUCGAAUAUCUAUCCCGACAGAAAACUCAACCUAGAAUAUCCGGCGGGAAAAAUCGAGAAUCAAUAUACUCAGUCGACAAUACCACAGGAUACCACUACACCGGAGACCCUACUAUUCAUUUGAGCAACUUAACAACUGACCCAUUCGAGGUGAAUGAGUCGACGAAGGAAGACCUUGUCAGCCAUGUCAUGGUGCUUGCUGGUGAGAUUGCAGGCCAGUGGUUCAAGGAUUGGAGAAUCCCUACAGUUUUCUCUGGAACAUGGUACCAUCCCGAAUUCACCAAAUCAACGAUUGAUCAACUCUCCAGAGAGAUACCCAGCUCGUUUCAUCUUGGACUUCCCCGAUCCUUUUCGUGCAAAGACCCGAUGCCACAUGCUGCCCUUGGUGUCGACCAAUACGUGAGAUGCACAAGUCCUCUCAGACGAUAUACAGAUCUAAUUGCCCACUGGCAAAUAGAAGCUGUGUUACGCCAGCAGGCAAAUGAAUCACUAACCUCUAAAACUCAACUUGAGGGCAGUCUCCCGUUCAAUAAAUCUGAUAUUGAAAAGUACAUCGCUCGUGCAGACUGGCAGAAUCGCCUUAAAGACCGAGCACAACGCCGAUCCCGUGACUUCUGGAUCUGCCAAGCCCUUUUCCGGUCCUACUAUUUCAAAGAGGCACAGUUACCCCCAACUUUCCAAUGUAUCAUUCAGACGCCGAACUUUGAUAAGAGGCAUGAAGUUGGAUCCGAACGGGAUGAAUACUUUGGCAGACUUCAACCCUUCGACCUCCCGUGCAUAGUCACGACUGAGAAGGCGGCUUCACCGAUGCAAAUAGGUGACUUGGUGGAUGUGGAACUCGUCUCAAUAGAUAUGUACACUCUUAGGGUGACAGUUAAGUUUUCGCGUCAUGUCAAGCGGCUGGAGAAUGGCGCUCUUGCAUCAAGGGGAAUAAUACUCAAAUGA